AUGGAGGCGGCGGAGAGGGGCGCCGUCACCGUGUGCGUGACCGGCGCGGGGGGCUUCGUGGCGUCGUGGCUCGUCAAGCUCCUCCUCUCCACCGCCCGCUACGCCGUCCGCGGCACCGUCCGGGAUCUCGGUGAUGGCAAGAAUGCCCAUCUUAUGACACUGGAAGAUGCCAGCGAGAGGUUGCAGUUGGUCAAGGCUGACAUGCUGGACUACGGCAGCGUUGCGUCCGCGGUCGCUGGCUGUGAGGGUGUCUUCCAUGUCGCCAGCCCUGUCCCCUCCGGUCAACCCUCCAACCCUGAGGAAGAUGUCAUAGCUCCUGCUGUAACCGGCACACUGAAUGUGCUGAAAGCUUGCUACGAGGCAAAAGUGAAGAGAGUUGUUGUGGUAUCUUCAGUGGCUGCUGUCUUCAAUAAUCCUAACUGGCCUAAGGGCGAGGCCUUUACUGAGGAUAGCUGGUCAGAUGAGGAGUAUUGCAGAAAAAAUGAGGAAUGGUAUUUCCUUUCUAAAACACUGGCAGAGCAUGAGGCUUUUGCUUACGCAGCAAAAACUGGGCUAGACAUUGUAACUAUUUGCCCAUCAUUGGUAAUUGGACCUUUGUUGCAACCUACAGUAAAUACAAGUGUUAAUAUCUUCCUCAGUUAUAUCAAAGGAGAUCAGAAGACAGUUAAUAAUGGACCCAAGAAUCUAGUGGAUGUUCGUGACGUAGCUGAUGCCCUUCUGUUGGCUUACGAAAAUCCGCAGGCAUCUGGACGAUACCUCUGCAGUUCACCAGCAUUAAGAGUCUCUGAUAUUGUAAACAUACUAAAGACCUCAUAUCCAACAUACACUUGCCCGCAAAAAUUCGUUGAAGUGGAAGGUAGCAACACAUAUAACACGGAGAAGCUUCGGAAGCUAGGGUGGACCUCAAGGCCUAUGGAGGAAACCCUCCAGGACAGCGUCGAAUGCUACCGAGCUUUGGGCAUCCUGAACUGA